AUGGAGGUCUUGCCGCUGUUAUUGAUCAUCUUCUGCUUGCUGGCGACUGGCCAGGCGUGCUCACCAAACGGGGCCUGCGGAUGCUGUGGAUGUCGAGCCAAAGCCCGGGCCAGGGCGGCCAAGACGAAUGAUGCUGAGAUGCAAGUCCCAAGCCCCGAAGACGACGGGAAUAUCUUUGGCCUGUCAAUCUGGAACCGAACGGACUUGAGGGUUGACCAGGAGACGUUGCCACUGCUUACGAAUCCCAACCACCUGUUCCACCGGUGCUGCGAGGAGCGCGCGCUUCCGAAAGCCUGCCGCCAGCUGUGCCACUUCAAUGCUUAUACCAAGCAGGCCCUGGAAGACAUUUACCUUGGCCACAGCGAAUGCCCCCUAGAAUUCGUCCCGGAAAUCCAGUUCUGCUCCGCCCAGGGUAUGGACCAACGAAAAUGUUGUGUGGAAUCUGGGGUCGGGGAAUCGUUGGCCGGCGGAAAAUGCGUACUCUUCUGCGACCAGACCCCGGACAAAUUCACCCCGGUGGACCACAGCUACCUGCCAUGUGUUGAAAAACUCGAGCCGAUGAAGCGCUGCUUCUACGAUGGGAUUGGAGCACGAGCCCGUCAGCACUUUGGCAAGGAUUCACGCGGAAUUGAAGAAUUU